AUGGAAAAAAAAUGGAUAUGGUGUCAUGAUAAGCUGUCAGAUGAAUACACAAAUGGUGUUAAAUCAUUUAUUGAAUUGGCUAAACAUCAUUUAGAUGAAGAUAAUAGGACUAGAUGUCCUUGUCGAUAUUGUCGGAAUGUGUAUUUCCAAGAUAUAAGUGUAGUUGGACGACAUUUAUGGGUGAAAGGAUUUUCACCAGAUUAUCACAAUUGGAUUUAUCAUGGAGAGGCAUUGAAUUUUCAAGGUAUUGAAAUGGGUUUUGAGGAAGAUGAUGAAGCUGUUGAACAUGAUAGGGAAGAAGAUGAUAAUGAUGAUAUGAUGGUAGCAUUGCAAGAUGCUACAGGUGACAUGGAUAUUGAUGUAGAUGCAUAUGAAGGUCAUAUUGGAGAUCAAGAUCAUAGAAAUAAAGAAUUUUCAGGAUUAUUUGCUGAAGUUGAAAGCGAGUUAUAUCCAGGGUGUACAAAGUUCUCUGCAUUGACUUUUUUGGUUAGGUUAAUGCAUAUAAAAGCUUUAAACCAUUGGAGUAACAAGUCAUUUAGUAUGUUGCUUGAACUUCUCAAGGAAGCAUUUCCAGAGGGUACUAAAUUGCCAAAGUCUUACUACAAGGCAAAAUGUACACUUCAUGCACUUGGAUUAGGAUAUGAAAUGAUUCAUGCUUGUAAAUGGGAUUGUGCAUUGUUUUGGAAAGAAUCAGCUAAAUUGGAUAAAUGUCCAAUAUGUGCUGAACCGAGAUACAAAUUUCAAGGUACUGAGGGGAAAAGGAUCCCUCAAAAGGUGCUUCGAUAUUUUCCUAUCUCUCCAAGAUUGCAAAGAUUAUUUACAUCUCGCCAUACUGCUAUUGAUAUGAGAUGGCACAAAGAGAAGCGUCCUAACACAAAUGGAGUAUUGAGGCAUCCAGCAGAUGGAGAAGCAUGGAAGCACUUUGAUGAACAAUAUCCGAUAUUUGCUAUGGAUCCUUGUAAUGUCCGGCUAGGUGCUGCCACUGAUGGAUUUAAUCCUUUUAGUAACAUGAGUACUUCAUAUAGCAUGUGGCCAGUGAUGUUAGUGCCUUAUAACCUGCCACCUUGGAAAUGCAUGAAAGAGACUUUUUCGAUGAUGUCACCAUUAAUACCAGGCCCAACGGCACCUGGAAAAGACAUUGAUGUGUACUUACUGCCUAUGAUUGAUGAAUUGAAAGAUCUAUGGACAAAUGGUGUCACCACUUAUGACAUCUCUAAAAAGGAGAGGUUUACAAUGCAUGCAGCAGUGUUGUGGACAAUACAUGACUUUCCAGCAUAUGGAACACUUUCUGGAUGGAGUACCAAAGGAUACAAAGCAUGUCCGACUUGUAAUGAAGAUACUUCUUCCCAAGCUUUAAGAAGUAAGAUUUGUUACAUGGGACAUUGUCGAUAUUUAUCCAUAAAUCAUGCAUGGAGAAAUAAUCGACAAUAUGAUGGAAAGCCUGAACGAAGGUUAGCUCCAAGGCAGUUUUCAGGAGCUGAAAUAUUACAACAGUUAGAUAGGACAAUUGAGAGCAGACCGGGGAAACAUCCUAACAAUGUGGAUAAAAAGAGAAAACGUGCUGCCUUUGGAACAAUGUUGGACAUCAAAGGUAAGUCGAAGGAUACUGACAAGGCACGUAUGGAUUUAAAGGAUCUGAAUAUUCGAAAAGAAUUGCAUUUACAAGAAACUGGCGGUAAAGUUUUGAAACCUUUGAAUUUGAACAUUAAGGAUGGUAAGAUAUCAGGUUUGAAAACUCAUGAUAGUCAUGUUCUUUUGCAACAACUUUUUCCCGUGGGUAUAAGACCUUACAUUAAGAAAGAGGUUUGUGGAACAAUUAUUGAAAUGUGCAUGUUCUUCCAAAAACUUUGUGCACGAACUCUAUCUGUUUCAGACUUGGAUAUGUUACAAGAGGGGAUAAUACUUACAUUGUGUAAAUUGGAAAGAACAUUCCCUCCAGCCUUUUUUGAUAUCAUGGUUCAUCUAGCAGUUCACCUACCAUAUGAGGCAAAAAUGGCAGGACCAGUACAUACUCGUUGGAUGUAUCCUUUUGAAAGAAAUAAAGCUCAUCCAGAAGGUUCAAUAGCAGAGGGUUAUGUUGUCAAUGAGGCAUUAACUUAUUGUUCAAUGUACCUUCAUGGUAUUGAAACUCGAUUCAAUCGGCCAGAACGUAAUAAAGAUGGUGAGAAUCAGAUUGCUUCGACUUUGUCAGUAUUCACUCAAGCUGUGAACUUGUUGGGGAAACCUCAAUUUGUUGAACUGAAAGAUGAUGAUUAUAAAAAAGCUCAUUGUGAGCACACCAAACUAUUGCAAAACAGGGGUGUCACGAGUAUUCUGCAGGUACAAGAAAAGGAAUUUCCACAAUGGUUUGAACAAAGGAUAAAAUAUUUAAGUAGAUGUAAAUAUCCAAUGGUAAUUGAUGAGUUGUACUCACUAGCAUGUGGUCCUGAUUAUGGAAUAAGAUCAUAUAGUGGAUGUGUAGUAAAUGGAGUUCGAUAUCGCACAAAAGUUCGUGAUGAUAGGCGUGUCACUCAAAAUUGUGGAAUUUGGGUUGUAGGUGAUCAUGAUGGUGAAUCUUGUGACUUUUAUGGGGUAAUAGAAGACAUUCUUGUGUUAGACUAUAGGUCCAAACACUCUGUUGUACUUUUUAGAUGUACAUGGUUUGACACAAAUGUGAAAAAGAAAAAGAAGAUCACAGAGUUUCAAAUCACAAGCAUUAAUGUCACUUCAUAUUGGUAUAAGAACGACCCUUUUGUCCUUGCCUCACAAGCUAAACAAGUGUUUUUACGUGGAUGA